GCUGACUGGACUUGCACUAAAAUACUCCUUCUAGCCUCAUUCCGCCGAAAUUUUAAAACAUCCAUAAAGGGAAUGAACGCAUUAUCACUUUCUGUUUCUUUCACUGAAACCGGAACCUUUUGAAAGCACUGACAUAACCUAAACUGGCCAAACUUUACCUUUUUGUGACAAUCGGCGAACAUUUUUCCUGCCACUGCUCAAUGCAAAUAAUUUUAUUCUUCUUCCAAUGGAAUUUUUUAAACGGUAUGUCCAGAAAACAGACAUUUUUUAGUUUGAAAUAAAAGGGGGCUGCCAAAAGGAAGUGAUUAAAGUCACAACAUUCCGUCUUAAUUUUGUGAGGUUAUGUUUCAAACAUGAGUGACAAGACUCCUAAAAGACCCAGUAAUUCUUCAAUUUGUGGAUUUUCGUCUGUUAUUUUGCAUGAAAGUCCAGCUCAGGUGUCUCCCCAAAAAAAUUUAACUGGACUUCCCCGAGUUGUUAGAGAUUUGGUGGCUGAUGUUUAUAAUAAUAUCCAAGAAUGGAAUGAUCUUCAUAUAAAAGGGUCCACUAUUGUUAAAGAAAUAGCUUCUCUAAAGGCUGAUAAUCCCAAAGAAUUUUCCUCAAAUUUGGAACAACUCACUACUGAUUUGUACAGUUUAGUGCAGUCUUUAAGGCAUUAUAAAGAUGUUUUAAUUAUGUUCUCAAGUCAAAUGAGAGCUACAGAGAAGCUGCAACAAAAUGAAAGUCCUUUAUUUAUUUCACUUAAUUUGAAUUCUUUGGCAAAUUUAGUGGAAAGUAUAUCAAAAGCUUAUGAAGACGAAUUUAAGGUAAAGGAAUUUGUUUUGGAAAAUAUCGCACAUUCGAAAAACAAGGAUGAAGCAUUGUUUCUAGCGGCAUUGUGGACGUAUCAGUACAAGAUUAGCGACCAAAUUAAUAUGAAAUUGGAAGUUCUACUUCUAGAAACAGGCCAUCGAAAGUUUACUUGAAUAAAAUUUCAAAAAAUGUAACUUUAGACACUAAACACUGCGCUUGCGUUGGUGCCCUUGUUUGACCUUCAAGGUCGUAGUUGUCAAAUAUGUUGAAAUAGUGCAGUGCGGUAUUUCUUUCAAUAUCAACAAAAAUAUUUUGGGUGAAAGUAAAACUAGUCUAGACUCCCAA